CCCUUUCUUCUUUUCCUUUAUCUCUUUACAUAUUUUCUCAACAUGGUCAAAGUUACUGUUUGUGGUGCCGCUGGCGGUAUCGGUCAACCUCUCUCUUUGCUCUUGAAGCAAUCCGACCUUAUCACUCACUUGUCGCUCUACGAUAUCGUCAACACUCCCGGUGUCGCCGCUGACCUUAGCCAUAUCAACACCAAGUCCAAGGUGACUGGCCAUGUUGGCAACGCCGAGCUCGAGGAAGCUAUCAAAGACUCGGAUGUCGUGGUCAUUCCCGCUGGUGUUCCCAGAAAGCCUGGCAUGACCCGCGAUGACUUGUUCAAGAUCAACGCCGGCAUCGUUCGUGACCUCGCCACCGCCGCUGCCAAGUUCGCUCCCAAGGCUUUCAUGUGUAUCAUUUCCAACCCUGUCAACUCUACCGUCCCCAUUGUGGCUGAAGUCUUCAAGCAGCACGAUGUCUAUGAUCCCCGCAGAAUCUUUGGUGUCACUACUCUCGACAUUGUUCGUGCCUCUACCUUUGUUUCUGAGCUUAUCGGCACUGAUCCCAAGGAACUCAAGGUGCCUGUGGUGGGUGGCCACAGUGGUGUGACCAUUCUUCCCUUGUUGUCCCAGGUCUCUGGCACCGACAAGUUGAACCAGGAACAAAUUGAAAAGGUGACCAACCGUAUUCAGUUUGGUGGUGAUGAGGUCGUCAAGGCCAAGGAUGGUGCUGGCAGUGCCACUCUUUCCAUGGCUUUUGCUGGUGCUCGUUUCGCUCUCAAUGUCAUUGAAGCCGCUGUUCGUGGUACCAGCGGUAUUGUUGAAUGCACCUAUGUUGCUUUGAAGGCCGAUGAACAGGGUGCCAAGGGUGUCAAGGAUGUUGUUGGUAACGAUCUUGAAUUCUUUGCUGUUCCCGUCGAACUCGGUGCUGAGGGUGUCAAGAAGAUCCUCCCCAUUGGCAACCUCUCCGACUAUGAGAAGCAGUUGUUCCAAGCCGCCACUUCCGAAUUGAAGACCAACAUCUCCAAGGGCUCCAACUUCGUCACCGAAGGUUCCAAGUUGUAAAUUUUCCCUCCCGUAGUUCCAUAUAAAAUCUCAUGUCGCGAUUAAAAAGAUCAAAAAAACACACAACAACAGGAAGAAGCCAACCUCUGGGCUUUUUGUGAUACCAAAGCAAACCCGUUUCUCCAACAACAUUUUUUUAAAACUUCAAAAUAAAAAGAACUUUAUUUACAUGUGCUAAAA